AACGUAGUCCCAAAAUUUUAUUCACCGCUCUGCUCUCAGUCAUACCAUUUUCUUCAAUCUAUAGAGUCGUAUUGACAAUGAUAUUGUUAAUUAUUUUCAACUCACUCCUGAUUUGUAACAUUAAUUGUGUGCGCAAUAUUUACGAGAAGACACAUUAUUGGAAUUUGUUUGGAUAUGAUAUAGACGGUAUAAAAUAUACAAGUGAUUCGGACUUCGAAUACAAUGAGGGCUCAAUUAGUUUCGAUGAUGUGGAGUUGAAGGAACAUGAGAAGUUUUUGAUACGAAAGAAUUUAGUUCCAAACCACGUUACUUUCAGUUAUGAUGUUUCUAUAGUAUCUAUUCCUAGGACUAGACCAGGUAUACCUUUCACUGUUAAUACAAUGAAUACAUUCAAUUUUAAUAAAAAUGACUACAGUCCUUUACUACGCCCAUAUCCAUCGGCAAGGGUGGCGAGGGACAUAGUUUCUGUUUAUGAAACAGCUGAAGAUGGAUGCCAAAGGCUAUGGUUCGUUGAUACAGGCUAUUUGGAUAUGCCCGGUAUGAGGAAGCAGGUUGCGCCUCCCAGGAUUUUCGCUUUUGAAAAGAAUACUAAAUUCAAAAUUUAUAAGGGCGAUAUUUCUUCUAAUGUACUUCGAGGUGGCAUAACGGCAGGUCUUAGGUCUCUGACGAUCGACUACAUAUUCCCUUGCCACGAAACCUUCGUAUACAUCAGUGACGAUAACGGUAAUGCUGUCAUUGCUUUUUCGUUUGAGAUAGAGCAGUACUGGAGGAUCGAAAGGCAAAGCACAGGGGGUGAAGCUUGGAGCUUUCCUAUACCGCAAUCGAUUCUAGUUUAUGUUGAAAACGUCAUAAGACACAGAAAGAGCCCAAAUGAGACGUUUAUACAUUAUUCGAAUAUUCUAAGAAGUACGAAAAUAUCUCAACGACUGGAUCGGGAUACUAGUGUGGAUCUCAGCGAACGCGAUACAAACCCAAGGGGAGUUUUGUAUGACAGAAAUUAUGAUAACAACAUUUUAUUUUUCACAAACGAAGAUCGCACUAAUCUGUACUGUUGGAACAUGGACACGGCGAUGGAUGAAAACAAUAUCCAAUUCCUAACUGGAAUUUCGAGUGACAACGGCUUCUACAUAAGUGCUAUAAACACAGAUGGGCUUACAUUUUAUAUCAUGGUAAACAGAUAUACGGGCUCGACUGAUGAUGUUUAUAACGAAAAUCAUAUCAACUUCGCUGAUUAUACAGCUACUAUCGAAGAAAUGUUGAGGAACACAAAGUGCAUCCAGCCGACUAAUAGUACGUAUUUCAUUAACAAUUGGAGGAUUAAAAUUCAAGGAAGCGUUGGCUCACCAAAAUACAUGGUGAAAUAUGUAACAGACGAAUACAUUGAGUCUCAAUUGAAGGGAUUAGGGGAAGGGAUCGAAAGAAAAUGAUUCAGAAUUUUGAGUUAAUAAAAUAUAUAUAAUGUAAAAACGGAAA